CAAACACACACGUAGUGAACCCGGAUGUGUCGGGAAUAGGAUAUUAAGAGCUGUGUCGCCGUGGCACCAGGUGUUUGGAUCUUAUUGUGGUGACUGGUGCCUGCUGAUCCCUCAGGAUGAUGCGAGCAGGAGGACUUUUGAAGCUGGGGGUGCUGAUUUCUGUCUUAUUUGUAGCUGUGUUCCUGGCCUUUGAGCUGUUGGAGAGCAAUGUGAAUUUUAAUUUGGGAAAAGUUUUUACACGAUACGCACCUCCAGAUCCAGUCCCCACCAGACCCCCACGCCACAAAUGCGGCCUUUCAAAAUCAUGUCCUGAGGACCAUUUUGCCUUUAAGAUAACCAGUGGAGCAGCCAGUGUCGUCGGCCCAAAGAUGUGUUUUCAGGACAAUGUAAUAAUGAGCGGUGUGAAGAACAACAUUGGACGGGGUAUAAACAUUGCUUUGCUCAAUGGGAAGACCGGCGAGCUCACUAAGAGUGACUCAUUUGACAUGUGGACUGGAGAUGUGAAUCUUCUUAUCAAAUUCUUGAAGGAAAUAGAAGAUGGAAGCAUUGUCAUGAUGGCCACUUUUGACGACCCUGCAACAAAGAUGAAUGACGAGGCCAGAAAUCUGAUAGCAGAUUUGGGCAGUUCAAGCAUCAGCAUAUUAGGCUUCCGAGAUAACUGGGUGUUUGUUGGAGGCAAAGGGAUCAAGACAAAGAGCCCAUUUGAGCAGCACAUCAAGAACAAUGCAGAGACUAACAAGUAUGAAGGCUGGCCAGAAGUUCUGGAGAUGGAAGGAUGCAUUCCUAUAAAACAUGACUGAAAUCAACCAUAUUUUAAAAUAAUUUUGCGGUUCCUGGUGGAGUUUGAAGGAAAUUUAAUGAGCAAUGUGUUGUUGGAUUGGCAUUUUUAAUGAUGCAAGUAAGUGUAAAAUAUAGACUUUGAAGGACUGUAUCUUAUAUCUUAAGGUUAGAAGUCCAGAGCAUUAACUGCUCUCCAUUUAUAUUUAUUUUAUGGGGUUCCCACUCCUUUUGACCAAUGCAUUUCCAUUACUUCUCUGUUGUACAUGAUCGCUAGAUUGAGAUUUUUUAAAAAUUAAUUGCAAGUACAAUAUGUAGCCAGUGAAAUAUUUGAAAACUUAAAUAUUAAACAUUUUUAUUAACCAUCUCAAUUUCAGCAACUUCAAAAAUUGUUGUUUACCACCCAUGGAAAACAUUAUUUAAAUUCCAUGCUUGCGGGAAACCUGAUUCGUAGGUUUUCUUUCUUUCUUAUAACUGGUCCAUAAACUGAGUGUUCUGCCAUUUGUGAACCUCCAGUGUCAUAAAAAGAUGUUUGAAUCAGAAGGUUUGAGUGCCUGUUGUCUUAUACAGUUUUUUGUACUACAAAUAGAGAAUUAAGAAAGAGGGUUUGUGCUCAUUUUAAUCAUAGCACCAUGAAAAUGAUGAUCAGAAUGGAUGGAAGAUGCACCAAAAGAUUUUUUUUUUUUUACAUUAUUUAUUAUUUUAUGUUUAUCGUAAUGUUUCUACUUGCAAAGGCAGUUUGAAUGUUGAAUGGUAGAUAAUGAAGAUUUUUCGCCCCACUUUGCAUUUAAUUUAUAAGAUUGUCUGUACUAAGAAACUACUGUCUUCAGUUUUAUGAUUUUAUUUUUAAUAGCUUCAGGGAGUGUUGUUACAUUUUGGUGAGCUGAGCAGAUUUAUUAGUUGUUUUGUUCGUCCAUCUGUUUUUUUUUGUUUUUUGUUUGUUUGUUUUUUGCAUUUUGAACAGCAGCUGUUAUAUGCAGUUAGUGCUGAUAUCAAACUAUUAUAAUUUCAUAAAAUUUAAGUGCUUUUAUCCUUUAUUGUGCGUUAUGCAGUAUCUGUAGUAUGUCCUGUAAUUGUGAAUUUAGAAAGCCAAAAGAUCACCUUGUUAAUAUUAAUGAUUCCCUCUAUGAUUUUAACUUUACUUACACUGUGAAGUUGUGCAUGAUACGUUCUUUUGUAAGAACCAGCUGUGUGCCUUAUUUACUACCGUGAUAAAAUAUGCAAAGUGAUUUUGUCUAGACUUUUGUGUGGAGUUGUUGAUUGCACGUCAUGGCCUUAAUAUGUAUAGCCGUUUUGAGUGUAAAUUAAAUUUAAAUCAAGUAGAUUUUGCAUUUUGUGAUUGUAGAGUCUUUCCUUAUUGUUAUGAUUAUAGUUUUUUUUAAAGGCGUUUCGUAAUAAAACAAAUGACUUGCUUUCA